GUAUUAAACAGUUUUCAAAUCAUUUUAAAAAGUUAGUAGUGUUUUGGAAACUGUAAGGGACGCCGUAAUCCAUCAGAACUUGAGAAGACCAGUGAGAACUGAGAAGGGGUUGUUUACCUCUCACUCUCGCUACUCGAACUGCUGUGUUGUUCGCUUACCUUUCAUCUUCCAUGUCUUAAUUAUACUUCUCAAGAUACCGUUUCUUUAUCAUCACCAUUAUCCCCGCUCAUUUUUACUUGCCAAUGGGCUCCAAUGUUCUUUCUCAGGUGUCUUUGAUUAAUUUUCCGGUGUUGUUUGUGGUUCCAAAGAACCCCACUCAAUGGGGUCCGAAGAGGCCAGGGUUUUCUUCUUUUUUCCGACCCUCGGAGCUCAAUUCAUUUGCAACUGACCUUUCUAGGGUUUCACCCAACUCUAUCCACUCCAGCUUUUCAAAGCGCGGAAAGCAGCCUUUUGUUGUUAGAGCUGAUGAAGAGGGAGCGGAUGGAGUUUCUGAAGCUCCUGUUGCAGUGGAGGCUGCACCUGAAUCUGGGUCAGAAACUGAGUCAGAGUCUCAAAUGGAUGCCGCCGCAAAAGAGGAAAAGCCUCCCAGGAAGCCUCGGAUUAAGCUCGGAGAUAUAAUGGGGAUAUUGAACAACAGAGCAGUUGAAGCAGCUGAUAACGAAAGGCAUGUACCGGAUCUUAGGACUGGUGAUAUUGUAGAGAUCAAGCUGGAAGUCCCAGAAAACAGGAAAAGAUUGUCUGUUUAUAAAGGUAUAGUUAUGUCAAAGCAAAAUGCUGGUAUUCACACUACCAUUCGGAUUCGGAGGAUCAUUGCUGGUGUUGGGGUUGAGAUUGUGUUCCCUAUAUAUUCACCAAACAUCAAAGAGAUCAAGGUAGUGAAACACCGUAAAGUGAGGCGGGCAAGGUUGUACUAUUUGCGAGACAAACUUCCAAGGCUUUCCACUUUCAAGUGAAGUCUUCACUAAAUUUAUGCUUUGUUUAUGUGUGUGUAUCAUUGUAUCUUUUUUCUUUUCCCUUUUUGGUCUCCGGAUCUGUAAUGUUUGGUCAAUACUAUGGUAGGGGAUAAAAAAGAGUUAGUGUCAUUUUUUAUUUUCAGAUAUGCUAUUGUGUUUUUCCUCUUGUAUCAAAUGAACAGAGUGUUUGAGUUUGUUUUUAGUCUUUUUACUUUUAAGAAAUUAUUUAUUUAGAGAU